CGGCGUCCGCGGCGCGAGCCACUGCGCGCGGGGCGAGCCAGCGAGAGGGCGAGCGGCGCUGCCUGCUGCCUGCAGCCUGCAGCCUCGGCCGGCCGGCGAGCCAGUGCGCGUGCGCGGCUGCGGCCUCCGCGGCCACCCGGAGCGGACAGGCGGACGAGCGAGCGAGCGGGGCGCUAGGCGAGGCCGGGCCACAGCGACAUGGGGGACCGCGAGCAGCUGCUGCAGCGGGCGCGGCUGGCCGAGCAGGCGGAGCGCUACGACGACAUGGCCUCCGCCAUGAAGGCGGUGACCGAGCUCAACGAGCCUCUCUCCAACGAAGACCGCAACCUCCUGUCUGUGGCCUACAAGAACGUGGUCGGGGCCCGGCGGUCAUCUUGGCGGGUCAUAAGCAGCAUCGAGCAGAAGACCAUGGCCGAUGGAAACGAGAAGAAGCUGGAGAAGGUUAAGGCUUACCGAGAGAAGAUCGAGAAGGAGCUGGAGUCAGUGUGCAACGACGUGCUGGCACUGCUGGACAAGUUCCUCAUCAAGAACUGCAACGACUUCCAGUACGAGAGCAAGGUCUUCUACCUGAAGAUGAAGGGUGACUACUACCGCUACCUGGCUGAGGUGGCUUCCGGCGAGAAGAAGAACAGUGUGGUGGAAGCUUCGGAGGCUGCCUACAAGGAAGCCUUCGAGAUCAGCAAAGAGCACAUGCAGCCGACGCACCCCAUCCGGCUGGGCCUGGCCCUCAACUUCUCCGUGUUCUACUACGAGAUCCAGAAUGCGCCUGAGCAGGCCUGCCUCUUGGCCAAACAAGCCUUCGACGACGCCAUAGCCGAGCUGGACACACUAAACGAGGAUUCCUAUAAGGACUCCACGCUCAUCAUGCAGCUGCUGCGAGACAACCUCACCCUCUGGACCAGCGACCAGCAGGACGAGGAGGCCGGAGAAGGCAACUGAGCAGCCUCGGCCAGCCCCGCCCCCACCCUGUCACACCGGCCCCUCCGCGCCACAGUCACCAGAUACCUAGUGCUAAACCCACCCGUGCGGCAGCACAGCUACUCAGAUCUGCUCUCCGCCCCCGGAAGCAGUUCCAGAUCAACUCAUGGGCAUUGCUGGACUGACGGUUGCUUUGAACCCAACACCCCCCCUCCUCCCCACCAUCCCUUUUUGAAUUGUGCAGACAGGUGCAUUCUGAAGGAGGCAUUCUACUCUGCCUGCUGGUCUAGGUGAAAUGCAGGCGAAAGCAGUGGGGAAGUUAAAAAGGAGAAUUAGCCAACACAGGCUACAGUCGGUAUUUAAAAGGUCCAUUUAAACAAGCUGAUAGUGUUUUGUUAAGCAGUUCAUCUUGUGCAUGCGAAAAUGAAUCCACCCUUCCCACCUCUUCCCUCAGCUCAUGGAAAGCAAGGGAAGCUGAGACAAAGAGACCACUUGCUCCUGUCCAUUGGCUUAAUAAUAAACUGUUUAACGUGAGGUUUCGGUAGCGCCUUGUUUUGCCUCUUUAAAUUAUGAUGUGCACAAACCUUCUUUUCAAUGCAAUGCAUCUAAAGUUUUGAUACCUGUAACUUUUUUUUGUUUUGGUUGCUAUUGUUUAAGAAUCAUGGAUUUAUUUUUUGUAACUCUUUGGCUGUUGUCCUUGUGUAUCCUGACAGCGCCACGUGCGUUAGCCCGUGUCAAUCAAGAUGGGUGAUUAUGAAAUGCCAGACUUCUAAAUUAAAUGUUUUGGAAUUCAGUGGGUAAAUAAAUGCUGCUUUGGGGAUAUUA